GAGGCAGUACUCUCGAGUUUCUCGAGUUUUUAAACAAAUAACAUCAUAAAUCUGCAUCUCUCAUAUUCGCCAUAUCGCGGUCAAUUCCGCCUUAGCCAAGAUGAAGUUCUUCAUCGAGGAUCUCCCCGUACUCUUCCCCUACCCGCGCAUAUAUCCCGAGCAAUAUGCAUAUAUGUGCGAUCUCAAGAAAACGCUCGAUGCCGGCGGCCACUGCGUUCUUGAGAUGCCUUCGGGUACCGGCAAGACCGUUUCACUACUUUCGCUUAUUGUCGCCUACCAGCAACAUUAUCCCGAGCACCGAAAACUAAUCUACUGCUCGCGUACUAUGUCCGAGAUCGAGAAGGCUCUAGCAGAACUCAAGGCCCUCAUGAAGUUCCGAGCAGAUGAACUCGGUUACGUAGAAGAAUUUCGUGGGCUAGGUUUGACAAGUCGAAAGAACUUGUGCCUUCACCCGUCCGUGAAACGGGAGAAAAGUGGCGCCAUCGUGGAUGCCAGAUGCCGUAGCUUGACUGCUGGAUUUGUCAAGGAGAAGAAGGAAAAGGGUGAGAGCGUCGACACCUGCGUCUACCAUGACAAUCUCGAUCUUUUGGAGCCACAUAAUCUUGUUCCAAACGGCGUUUGGACACUGGAUGGCCUCCUACGUUACGGCGAACAACAUAAGCAGUGCCCCUACUUCACCGCAAGACGGAUGAUGCAAUAUUGUAAUGUUAUCAUCUAUUCUUACCAUUAUCUACUUGAUCCCAAGAUCGCAGAACGCGUGUCAAAGGACUUCUCAAAGGAUUGUAUCAUUGUUUUCGACGAGGCUCACAACAUAGACAAUGUCUGUAUCGAGUCCCUCAGUACUGACAUAACGGAAGAAUCCUUGCGUAAGGCAUCCGUUGGUGCUCAGAACCUAGAGAACAAGAUCAACGAGAUGAAGGAGACGGAUCGAGAGCAGCUUGAGAACGAGUACCAGAAACUGGUAGAGGGUCUUCGUGAUGCCGAGGAGGCUCGACAAGAGGACGCGUUCAUGUCAAAUCCUGUCUUACCCGAUGAUUUGCUCAAGGAAGCCGUACCUGGAAACAUUCGAAGAGCCGAACAUUUUACUUCGUUCUUGAAACGAUUCAUCGAAUACCUCAAGACUCGUAUGAAGGUUCGACAAGUAAUCUCGGAAACACCACCCUCAUUUCUAGCACAUCUCAAGGAACACACUUUCAUUGAGAAGAAGCCGCUGCGUUUCUGCGCUGAAAGACUAACCUCCCUCGUGAGGACCCUCGAGCUCACCAAUAUCGGGGAUUAUCAACCACUUCAAGAAGUGGCUACCUUCGCGACACUUGUCGCUACGUAUGAGAAGGGUUUCUUACUCAUACUCGAACCGUUCGAGACAGAUACUGCCGAAGUACCCAAUCCAGUCUUGCAUUUCACCUGUCUAGAUGCCGCAAUUGCGAUUAAACCCGUAUUCGACAGAUUCAGUUCCGUCAUCAUUACUUCAGGUACUAUCUCACCUUUGGAGAUGUACCCCAAGAUGCUGGGAUUUUCUACUGUCGUCCAAGAGUCAUACACGAUGACCCUAGCUCGAAGAUCUUUCCUGCCGAUGAUAGUAACCCGAGGAAGUGACCAGGCCACGAUUUCCACCAGUUUUACUGUUCGAAAUGAACCAAGUGUGGUCCGAAAUUAUGGUAACCUCUUAACUGAGUUCGCCAGGAUCACCCCUGAUGGCAUGGUUGUGUUUUUCCCCUCCUACCUUUACAUGGAAUCUAUUAUCAGCAUGUGGCAAGGUAUGGGUAUCCUAGAUGAAGUCUGGAAAUACAAGUUGAUCCUGGUUGAGACACCGGAUGCUCAAGAGACAUCGCUGGCGCUGGAGACAUAUCGAACGGCUUGUUGCAAUGGUAGAGGAGCGGUUCUUCUCUGUGUCGCCCGUGGAAAGGUCUCGGAAGGCAUCGAUUUCGAUCAUCAGUACGGACGAACUGUGUUGUGCAUCGGUGUCCCAUUUCAAUACACGGAAUCUCGUAUUCUAAAGGCCAGAUUAGAGUUCCUUCGAGAAACCUACCGUAUCCGAGAGAACGAUUUCUUAUCUUUCGACGCCAUGCGUCACGCCGCACAAUGCCUAGGUCGUGUGCUUCGAGGCAAAGACGAUUACGGAAUCAUGGUGUUAGCCGAUCGUCGCUUUCAAAAGAAGCGACUUCAACUACCCAAAUGGAUCAACCAGGCCAUGCAAGAGGUCGACGGAAAUCUCAGUACUGAUAUGGCCGUCAUCACCGCGAAACGAUUCUUGCGAGAUAUGGCACAGCCCUUCAAGUCCAAGGAUCAAGACGGUAUCAGCAUGUGGAGCAUGGAGGAUCUCAAAGAACACCAGCAGAAGAUGAUCGAAGACGAGAUUAGGGAACAUCAAGACGGCAAUGCGAAUGUGGCACGCAUGCAAGCUGCUCAGAGGGUGGUUGAUGAAUACGACGAUGACGACCUAGAUCACGUUAUGAUGGAUCUCGACAAUCGCUAGUGGAUGAUGGAGAAUUCGGUAAUGUUGUGAAUCUUGUGUACGAGGGUGGAAUUCAUUUGGGGAGUUUUUUUCUAGGGGUUUUAGGAUGCUAGAGAAAAGCACGUAUAGGCGCCGUUUACAUGGCAAAUUGCUUAGUUCACAGGUUUACG